CUGAGUUCAGGUCGCAAGAAGAUUUGUGACCUGUUUGUUUUUCAGUUGGUGCCUCUCGUCAAGGCCAGGAGUUUGAGCGGAGAGCAGCUGGGUUGUGUUGAGGGUGCUGGCCGGUGGCAGUCUCCCUGCUGGCGCGGAUUUUACGGAGAGAUUUGACUUCUUCUGUAACUCUGGCGCCAUGGCCUCAUCAUCUUCCUCCCUGGGCCAAAUUUUAUGGCAAUUUCGCUUGCUGAUGUGGAAGCACUUUGUUAUCCAGAAACGAUUGAAGGGUAAGAACAUUGCCUUGAUAUUCUUGCCGAUUGUGGCACCCGUCUUCUUCGCUAUAUUCCGUCUUCCGCUGCCGAUUGCUGACCUGUGCUUCCAGUCAUGUCCUGAUGCUAGCGCCCCACAACGUGUCAACUUCACCAACACUCAGCAUGUUGCCUUCUACCCAGAUUCGCCACUCACGCGUCGCAUUAUGAGCACAGUCCGUUGCCUGAGUACCGGCCUGACUCUGAACUACUCGUCUGACGGAAGUCUGACCGGAUUCCCUGGGGAGCCCAUCUACACGGAGGGUUUCAAUGACACACGCCUCAUGGUGGAGCUGGUCACCAACAACGAGACCAAUUAUAUUGGAGCUGUUGUGUUUGAUGGCAUUGACGAGAACACUGCUGAGUUAUCGCCAGUCAUCAAGUACACUAUUCGCUUGCACGACAAGGAGUCGACCAAUAAGCGAGGCGGUCGCUAUAGCUGGUACACGGACCGAACUUACCCGGUCGUACAGCUCUCCGGUAUCUUCCGCUUCAUCAACUACGAGAAGACGUUCGUGCCGCUGCAGUACAUUGUGGAUCAGGCGGUCAUUCGCUUGCAAGUGGAGGGCAAUGCAACAUGUCCUAUGGCGGCCACGUGCCCGGAUAGCCAGGCACAAGCUGCCGUCACCACCUGUUCGAUCGUCGGGCGCGCCGAAAGCGGCAAUGCCACCGGUACGUGCUUGUUCAACGAGACGUCUCAAACUUUUGUUCGAUGUCAGAACGUCAGCGUGUCUACUGUUAACUGCAAUUGCUCUCGUCAGUUCACUCGCAACACACCCAGUCAGUAUGGACUGUACACAGCCAACUGUUCGUGUGACAACAGCGCUGAUGCGACUAUGACAUUCAACAGCACAUGUCGAUCUAUUGCCAAGUCCACGACAUCAUGCUGUGGUCGAUGCCCUGGUUCAGCUCAGCAGCCGACAUUCCUGCCAGCCAUUUUCAAGACGUUUCCGUUUCCGAGCUAUUCCUUCGACACUCUGCUGAUCCUCUACAGCAACCUGUACGGCUUCGUGCUGCUUUUCUGUACAUUUGCCGUCGUCAACGCCACCGUCUUGGAAGUGGUGACGGAGAAGGCCACGCGUCUGCGCGAGUCCAUGCGCAUGAUGGGACUGCGUAUCUGGCUCUACUGGCUGACCCACUUCCUCAAGGCGUUCCUGGUGCUCUUGCCCUCGGCCAUUGUUGGAGAAAUUGUGCUUCGGCAAGUGUUGUUCCCUGAUACUGGCGCGGGUAUUGUCUUCCUAUGGUACAUCCUUUUCAACAUUCAGCUCAUUUGCUACUGUAUCUUCCUGAGUUCUCUCAUUGACAGUCCCAAGUCCGUCAGCACGUGGGUGGGUAUACUGUGGUACUUCACUUACAUCCCGUUCAGUAUUGCCGGACCGAACUUCGCCGGCCUGAGCAGGGGUAUCAAGAUACUCAUUUGUCUGUUCCCGACAAGUAAUGCUGCCGUGUUCGCACAGUUUACGGGAAACAAGAAGACCAACGGCGAAGCCUUGACCGGCGCAGCCAUGAGUCAGCCAACGUCGAUUGACGACGAUUUCCGCUACAACGACAUCCUGUUGGGCGAGUUCAUCUCGAUUCUCCUCUGUCUUUUGCUAGUGUGGUACAAGGAGAACGCCUUCCCUGGCGAGUAUGGUAUCCCAAAGGUCUGGUACUUCCCCUUCACACGCUCCUAUUGGUUUGGAGCACCGCCGCCAGGGGACGAGGAGGAAAUGCUCCUUGCUGAUACGGAUCCAGACAAGAAUGAGACUGAUCCGAAAGGACUCAAGGCCGGCAUUUCUAUUCGCACCCUGCAUAAGAUCUUCAAGACGAAUGAUGGGCACAAGCUGGCAGUGGACAAUCUAUCGCUGAAUAUGUACAUGGAUCAGAUCACCGUGUUGCUGGGUCAUAACGGAGCGGGAAAGACAACCACAAUGUCCAUGUUAGUUGGUCUCUUCCCGCCAACCCGUGGUGAUGCCAUUGUCGGUGGGCAUUCGGUCGUCACGGAUAUUGAGGGUGUUCGCCGCAGCAUUGGUUUGUGCCCGCAGCACAACGUCCUAGUCGACUUGAUGUCCGUUCAGGAGCAUCUCGUCUUCUUCCUGCAGCUUAGGCAAGGACACGGUGGUGGUGAGAAACAUGUCUCGGAGAUCAUCAAGGACUUGCAGUUGGUAGACAAAUCAAAGUGGAAGUCAUCAGAACUCUCCGGCGGAAUGAAGCGCAAGCUCAGUGUUGGAAUUGCCCUGAUCGGGCAUCCCAGCGUGGUGAUUCUCGACGAGCCCACUGCUGGCAUGGACCCAUACGCACGCCGUGCUACCUGGGAUUUGCUGGGCAAGUACAAGCGGGGCACCACCAUGCUGCUGACCACGCAUUUGAUGGAUGAAGCUGAUCUUCUCGGUGACCGUAUCGCCAUCAUGUCCAAGGGAAGAGUGGUGUGCAGUGGAUCAUCACUGUUCUUGAAGAGCAAAUUCGGUGUCGGAUACCAUAUGGUAUUGGUGAAGGAUCACGAGCGCGAGUGUGAUGAGGUGGCAGUCACCUCCAAGGUCACGUCCGCAGUGCCGGGCAGUCGUUUGGUGGGCAAUGCCGGUGCAGAGCUGGCCUAUGUCUUGCCGCAGGAGGCCUCCUCCCAUUUCUCUGCACUCUUCACGUCGCUGGAGGAGAACCGGACCGAGCUGGGCAUUCUCAGCUAUGGCGUGUCAGUUACCAAGCUGGAGGAAGUCUUCCUCAAGGUCGGCGAGGAGGAAGGAAUUGUUGCCAAUAAGAAGCUGCAGAAGUUUGAGGAGCGCCAAGCAGCAGCGGGCCCUGACUCCACAGCCACGCUAUUGCUGGAGCAUCAAAAGCUUGGCAAUGUCGACUCUACCGCUACCACGGCAACCAUCGACCAGGGAUCGCCCACUGCCAAGGAGUCCGGCCUUGUUGCUGACGGUUUGACAGAGAUCGACGAGAAUGGCACCGCCAAUAACGGCACACAAUCUGCCGCUAAGGAGAUAUCGGCACCACCAGCCAACAGCGGCAGCGCGAAGGGCGCGGGGGGUGCACGCAAAUCCGUGGUGAUUGAGCGAGAAGCCCGGCCUCUGGAAAUGCUCCGUGCCGACUAUCAAAAGCUGACCGGUAGAGCUCUUUGGCAACACCAGUACAAGGCAAUGGUCAUCAAGCGCAUGCUCAACGCCAAGCGCAACUACUUCUACAACGCUCUCACGCUGCUCGUGCCCGUCAUUCUGACCUGCUUCUCGUUUGGAUCCCUCAUCGCCAGCCCCAGUACCAGUGCCGACCCUCGCUUGGUGUUCAACUAUACCGAGCUGAAGCCAGUGGGAACGCUGGUGGCCGACUACAGAAACGCCAGCGAGCGAGCACAGAUGCCCAUAUUGAGCAGUCUUGCUUCCCGGGACUACCUGACCAGGACACUGGAUAGCAAGAUCACCGACUAUAGCUCUUCAUCGCUGUUGCUGCGAGGGGGAGAGAGACAGUGCUGUGCCGCCAGAACAUUCCUGCUGAACAACACCUGUGUCAAGAAGAGAUACGCGGAAGGGGAAGACGCUUUUAAAUCUUGUCCAAACUCAUUUGGAUUCAGUCGCUGCUCUCAGUGCCUCCGUAACAAAGAAGUGAAUUUCGGUAGAUUCACGGGAGCAUGCGGUUUUGGCUGCCCGGCCAUUCCGCUACUGACCACAUCCAAGCGCGAUUCCAUCCUCUUCCAGAAGAGAGUGUUGCAAGACGCUGACGUUGGUCUGUACUACAUAGAGAAUCCAGCUGGUGUUACUCUGCACAGCGUAGCCACCAAUCCCGAUGACUUGCCAGAUAACAAGGAAGGAGAAACUUACGUUCGGAUGAAUGUGUCUUGCUCUGACCCCAAUGUGGAGGUCAGUGAUAGCAACUGCAGUGACUUCAGACCAAACCGGGCUUUCUUUACCGACAACUCUGACGCAGAAGGAAUCAACACCUAUGCUCGCGUCUGGUCCAGUGCCAAGUCAUAUCAUGGACAACCAAUUGCCAUGAACGUGUUCUCCAACAUGCACUUGAAGGCCAUGAUGGAUUUAAAGUCGGCUGCCUACAGGGAAUACUUCAUUGAGACGGCCAAUGAGCCUCUGCCACCGCCUAUUAGCCGCCAGGUUGCGCAGGCUGGAAAUUCCAUCGGAGCCUUUGUCUUUGCUUCCCUGGUUGCGUUUGGAAUGGCUUUCCUGUCUGCUUCCUUUGUCGUAUCACCGGUGGAAGAGGUCAGCAACAAGGCGAGGCACAUUCAACGUCUGUGCGGUGUCAAGGGCACCGUGUAUUGGCUGGCUCACUUUUCCUGGGAUAUCGUCUUCUUCAUCUUGCCGGCCCUGGUUCUGGUUGUUGUGUUUGCUGCAUUCAACGUGGAUGCGUAUCAAGGAGAAGCACUCGGUGCUGUGUUUGUGCUACUGUUGCUUUUUGGUCUCUGCUCCAUCCCGCUUGCCUAUUGGAUAUCGUUUGCGUUCUCUCAAGCGUCCAAGGCGUACAAGAACACGGCUUUCCUGUUCAGUGGUAUUCCCCUGCUGUGCCUGAUUGUUGACUUUGCUCUCAAGUUCCCUGGUGUUGAUCUGAACAGCGUGGCUGAUUCUCUCAGGUAUAUCUUCUUCGCCAUACCUCACUUCAGCUUUGCUUAUGGUAUUACCAGUUUGUACACCAUCAACGAGCGGAAGAAAAUCUGCAAGAAAUUCCCAGUCGUUGCAACUGGCCGUGGCCUAAGCCGAGAUGAUUGCUACACUCAAUUCAACAUCAUCACCAAUCUGUAUGACACCACACAACCUGGCCUGGGAGUAGAGUGUCUCUACAUGUUCUUCAUGACUUUCUUCUAUGCUGGCAUGGUCUAUCUUGCUGAGAUGGGCUUCUUUAGAAUGCUGCAACAAAAGGUGAUUAAAAAGAUCAAAGGAGACAGCGACAACGAUGAAUUCCUUGCCAGGACGGCUGAUGACAAGGAGGACGAUGAUGUUGCCAGGGAGAGGCGCAAUGUCAUUGAGAAUCUAAACGACGUUAUCAAGAAGGAAGCUGUCGUCUUGCACAACUUGACCAAGGUGUACAACUCUUUCCUGGGUCGUCCUGCAGCAGACAACUUGUGCCUGACUAUCCCGCAGGGUGAAUGCUUUGGCCUAUGUGGUGUGAAUGGCGCUGGAAAGACGACAACGUUCAAUAUGAUGACUGGAGAUACUCCGUCCACAUCGGGAACAGUCUAUCUACAAGGCUAUGACAUCAGCACACACCUCAGAGAGGUUCAGCGCAAUAUCGGCUACUGUCCGCAGUUUGAUGCUCUGCUUGAGCGGCUGACGUCGAGAGAGCUGCUUGCCCUGUACUGCCGCCUGCGUGGCAUACCCGAGGAGUACAUUGUACCCACCGUCGAGAGCAUCAUCUCCGAAAUGCACUUGACCGACUGGGCCGACAAGACCUGUGGAACAUACAGUGGUGGUAACAAGCGUAAGCUAAGCGUAGCCGUAGCCUUGGUCGGCAACCCACCCAUCCUUUUCCUGGAUGAGCCUACAGCUGGCAUGGACCCCGGUGCACGCCGCUUCCUCUGGGAUGUACUCACCGACGUACUGGCCUCGGGCAGGAGUAUCGUGCUCACCUCCCACAGCAUGGAGGAGUGUGAAGCGCUGUGUACACGUCUAGCCAUCAUGGUGAAUGGACGCUUCAAGUGUCUCGGCAGCAUUCAGCACCUCAAGACCAAGUUUGGUUCGGGAUACUCGAUGAGUCUCAAAGUCGGCCACAAGCUAAAGAAGGCUACUACGCCUGCGGUCGCUGCUGACGCUACCAAUGCUGAGACGGAGCUAUCUGUCUACACCGGUGCAGAGGACGAAGCGGACAAGCCUGCCGUUGUUGCUGCUGCUGACGUCGAUGAUGACGAUGAUGAUGACGAUGACACUGGCUUAGCAAUGGAUGAACAGACUGGAGCACCAUCUACGGAUGCUGCAGAGAAGUUCAUCAAAGAGACAUUCCCCGGAGCGGACCUGCUUGAAGCUCGCCAGGGUCAGCUUCACUACAAUAUCAACAUACCCGACCUGACUUGGUCAACGAUAUUCCGUGAGAUUGAAGGCCAGCGUAAGAAGCUCAGCAUUGUCGACUACAGCGUCACGCAGGCAACCCUUGAGGAGGUAUUUGUGAACUUCGCAAGCGCACAAUUUGGCAGCGAUGAUGACAACGACAAGAAGAGCAAGAAGAAGAAAAAGAAGAAGAAGAAUGACCAGAAGUGAAACCGGACGCCCACCUAACUGACCGCUACAAAAGUAUAAUAUAUUUCAUAAUAUAUUUAUAGAAUGAGCAUGCAAAGUUUUUCGUGAUGUCACAAUACGACACAAUACGACUAUGUUUUAUGCAAAUCUCAAAAUUCCUUUUCACAAACUUCCUGAGGUAAGUUACAACGCAUGCAUAAUUCAAAUCUUCAAGAAAAACUUGAUAUGAUGUAGGUAGAAGGCAACGACAAGCCAGACGCUCACACCAACUAAGCUGCUGGCUAGAAUACCGCUAUGCCCGCUAGACACUUGAAAGCUGAACGGAAAGAACUUCUGCAGUAGCUCGCUGCCGACGUAAACGAAUAUCGAGUUCAUUCCUGGAGUAAAACAGUCAAAUGAAGACACACAAUAUAAUAAUAUACUAUCUAUAGCUGUAUAUAGAAGAUCACUUUUAGCACCAUUAUGGUUAGUGAAAAAUAAUACCCUUCUUCACAAUUUA